AGUCCUCCGGGGUUUCUCCUGGAACCUGCUCCUCAAAUAUAAAGCGCUCCCCCCGCAUCCACCAGGAACGACUGAGCCAUUACGCACAAGGAGGAGCCGCUGCCUGAGCCCAUCAUCUGUGCGCUCUGCUGCAACCAAAACCCCAUCUGACUGCAGCCUGUAGCUCCAGUGAGUCAAACACCACUGGAUCUUAUUUUUAAAAAAAAGCUGCGUGAGUAGUUUUCCAGCUUUUUUUAAAUCCCAGCUCAGAGAGGGAAUCACAACUUGUCCGAGAGAAGACUGCGAAGCGCACCUCAAAACUUUUUUUUGGAACGCGCAAGAUGGCAGCCCUCAUCAGCGCGUACUCGUCGUGGCCGGAGUCCUUCGAGUGUCCUCCAGGAGACGGGGACGUGUCCGACGCGCACGGCCCGCACAGGACCCCCGCGGACAAGGCGCCGGAGCCGCGGAUCAGACGGCCCAUGAACGCGUUCAUGGUGUGGGCCAAAGAUGAGCGCAAGCGGCUGGCGGUUCAAAACCCGGACCUGCACAACGCUGAGCUCAGCAAGAUGUUGGGCAAGUCGUGGAAGGCCCUGACUCCCCCGCAGAAGAGGCCCUACGUGGAGGAAGCAGAGAGGCUCCGGGUGCAGCACAUGCAGGACUACCCCAACUACAAGUAUCGGCCUCGCAGGAAGAAGCAGCUGAAACGCAUCUGCAAGCGGGUGGACCCCGGCUUCCUGCUGAGUGGGCUGGCUCCCGAUCAGAAUGCCCUGCCCGACCAGCGAGCCCUCUGUCACCCCCUGGACAAAGACGAGGGCAGCCCUAAUCACGGCUUCUCGAUCCCCAGCCCGGCCCUGCCCAGCGUCAGGAGCUUCAGAGACCCUGCCGGUUCAAACAGUAGCUUCGACACCUACCCAUACGGCCUGCCCACUCCUCCCGAGAUGUCCCCCUUGGAUGCCAUGGAGCACGAGCACAUCCCCCCCUCUUAUUACUCUUCUGGUAGCUCUUCAUCCUCCUGUCCCGAUGAGCAUCAUCACAGUCAGACACACAUGGGCAGCCCACCCCCUUACCACACCGAAUACGCUCAGACCCAGAUCCACUGUGGAGGCCCACGCAUGAGCCACAUCACUCACCUGUCCCAAACUGGAGGUGGCAGUGGACUGAUGCCGGGCCCUCCGCUGUCUUACUACAGCCCCUCAUCUUUCCCCCAGAUUCACCACGGGCACCACCAGGGCCAUCUGGGUCAGCUGUCCCCACCGCCGGAGACACACGGCCACCUGGAGACUCUGGACCAGCUGAGCCAGGCAGAGCUGCUGGGAGAGGUGGACCGCAAUGAGUUUGACCAGUACCUGAACUCCACUGGGGCCGGGUUCCACCCCGAGCAGGUCGGCAGCAUGACUCUUACGGGACAUAUCCAGGUAGCGUCGGCUGCUUCCGCUUCUGCCACUGCCUGUCCCAGUAGCACCGCAGAAACCAGCCUCAUUUCCGUGCUGGCAGACGCAACAGCGGCCUACUACAACAACUAUGGCAUCUCGUAAGCUCAGUGACAGCACCCAUCAUACUUGUGACUGAUCAGACACUACAGGGUUUGAAAUGGGUGAGGACAUUUGGGAUAAAGUUGCACUUGGGUGCUGAUAAAGAUUUCUUGAGCUCGUACAAGUCAUUUCAAAACCUGUUAUUAGCAUCUACGGGCAACUUCAUCCCACCAUGAUUAAAACCGGAACUGAUUACUGAGCAAUAUGAUUGUCCAGAGCCGAGGGAAGAACAAAGAGCAAUUGGAGGAAUAUGAAGAAGAAGAAGGGGAGAUGGACACCUCAGGGACGCAGACACUAAAACUAUCGUAUGUCACCUCCUGCUGUCGAGAAAUUUCUAAACCAGAAGAACAACCGUGAAAAAAAAAAAAAAAAAGACUUGUAAAUGUCCACUUGUAAAUGUCACCAGUUACUGUUGCCGCCCGGACGUGUACAGAUGCUCCUCUGAAGCUAAUUUAAGUCCUUCGAUGUUUCGCUUUAAACGCUACCUGUAAUGCUAUUAUCAACGUUUUCCUUUCGAAUGUUUGUAUCAUAUGUUCCCGCUCUCAUUAGUUUGGGAGUCUUACCUCAGUAGUUGUAAUUGAAUGAGGUUUUAGUUGGACAUUUCUUAUGCAAUUUAUCAAGAUGGUGUAUAAUGAAGAGGAAAAAAAGGCGUUUAUACUUCUUCUCCAGUACUUAAUAAUAUAUAAUCAUAACCUCUAUGAUGAAAAAUAAUAAUGGUAACUAUAACUGUAUGCUGAUUUAGGUUUGUGAAGGACAAUAAUUUAAAAUAAAGGUCAAUUUUUAUAUUAUUGCAGGUCUGCUUGGAUAAUGUUCCCACAGACAAAACACCACUACAAAUCCUUUCUAUUAUUUUACCUGAAUAUUGGUGAUAACUGAUACGCUUAAAAGUCAUUGUGCAGGAGCAGAUAUAUACGUAAUUGAUACAAUCACAUUCCCUAAUAAAAAAGAAUAAAAAGAAA